ACAAACGUAACCCGGAAGUAGUAUGAGCCGGGGUCGAGCGUUCUGUUGAUGUAAUUGGGAAUUGUGAUUGUGGCAAGAAAGUGCCCGUGUUACACAGAAUAAAGAAGUUGGACGUUAGAUUUAGUUUGAUAACAAUUCGUUGAGUGCUCCACGCCAAAUCCUGACCGUGUCGCGUGCUUAGUCCCAUUUUCCACUGUGCCGUAGAUGUUGUGUUUUGUUUGGUCAGAGGGGCUGUCAGACGUCGUUUAACACAUGAGUGUGUCACUCGUUGUCAUCCGUCUGGAGAUUGCAGACCAGUCCCUGUUUCCCGAAGGUUUCCAGUACAACGCCGCAGGAGACAUGUCUGACGAGGAGGUCCAGGAGAAGGCGCUGGGCCUGGCCCACUCGUCACUGAGUGGGAAGUCUGACUCAGAGAGGGCCGCCCUUCUGCACCAGCACAUUGGCAGCCGGGCCAUGGUCAACAUGGUCAUUGAGACGUUCGCACCCAGUUCAGGCACAGAGGAUUCUGGGAAAGGUGUCAGUGAGGCAGAGGAGACUGCAGAGUCUGGCCAUGAAGGCAGCACUCCUGAAGGAAGCAUGGUUCUGGACUCCCCGUCCAAACAGCUGCCAGAGCAGAUCUCCUUCUUCAGCGGAAACCCGUCUGUGGAGAUUGUCCAUGGCAUCAUGCACCUCUACAAGACCAAUAAGAUGACAUCACUGACAGAGGACGUAAGACGGAGUGCCAUGCUCUGCGUUCUGUCUGUCCCAGCCACCAUGACCAGUCACGACCUCAUGAAGUUCGUAGCACCCUUUAAUGAUGUCAUGGAGCACAUGAAGAUCAUACGUGACUCCACACCCAACCAGUACAUGGUGCUGAUCAAGUUCAGUUCCCAGGCUGAUGCAGAUAGCUUCUACGCAACUUGCAAUGGCCGGCAGUUCAACUCGAUCGAGGAAGCUGUCUGUCAGCUGGUCUACGUGGAGAGGGCUGAGGUCUUCAAAUCUGAGGAGGGUGCCAGCCUGCCAGUGAUGGACCUGACAGAGCUGCCAAAGUGCACAGUGUGCCUGGAGCGCAUGGACGAGUCGGUGAACGGCGUGCUUACCACCCUGUGCAACCACAGCUUCCACAGCCAGUGCCUUCUGCGCUGGGAGGACGCCACGUGUCCCGUGUGCAGGUACUGCCAGACCCCUGAGCCGGUGGAGGAGAACAAGUGUUUCGAAUGCGGCGUUCACGAGAACCUGUGGAUCUGCCUGAUCUGUGGUCACAUUGGCUGUGGUCGCUAUGUCAGCCGACACGCCUACAGGCACUUUGAGGAGACGCAGCACACCUACGCCAUGCAGCUCACGAACCACCGCGUGUGGGACUACGCUGGAGACAACUACGUGCACCGACUGGUGGCGUGUAAAACGGAUGGUAAGAUGGUGCAGUACGAGUGUGAAGGGGAUUCCUGUCAGGAAGAAAAGAUCGACGCCCUGCAGCUGGAGUAUUCCUACUUGCUGACAAGUCAGCUGGAAUCCCAGCGGAUCUACUGGGAAAAUAAAAUUGUUCAUUUGGAAAAAGAUACUGCAGAGGAGAUCAACAACAUGAAGGCAAAAUUCAAGGAGACUAUAGAGAAAUGUGACAGUCUGGAGAGGAAAUUAGCAGAUGUCAGCAAGGAGAGGCAGACCAUGGAGAAGAAGUGCACACAGCUAACUGCCAAGGUGAGCAAGCUGUCUCAGGAGCUAAAGGAGGAGCAGGAGAUGAACAAAUGCCUGCGAGCCAACCAAGCAGAGUUGCAUGUGCGUCUGCGUGACGAGGAGAGUCGGGCAGGAGAGGCAGCCGCCCAGCAGGAGGUGCGGGUGGCCGAGUUGCAGGAGCAGGUCCGAGACCUCAUGUUCUACCUGGAGACGCAGCAGCAGAUCAGUCAAAUGCCUGAGGAGACCCGGCAGGAGAUUCAGGAGGGCCAGAUCAACAUAGCCGCUGCCCGCAGCCCGCCUGGCCCCACCCCCGGGACCAGUGCCACAAAACUGGGCACCCGCAAGGGCCGGGGCAAACGGGGCAAGUAAUGUAGCAUUUAAUAACAAUAUACUGUAAGAGGUGCCCAAGCUUCGACACUCCAAAGUCACCUGAUUACUAAGGAAAUAGACCCCUUAUGUCUGUGUGAUUCUGUUGCUUCAUUGUUUUGUGGGACAAAGGGUAACUAAAUGUCCCCUUGAUAGGGAAAAAGAAAGUGUUAAAAGGCCAAGCCCUGAGCAGACUCAUGAGGGCAGGCAUGGGUUGAUUAAUAUACCCCUUUUGUAUGGAGGUGCUGGCCAGCUGAAUGACAAGUGCUGGACUUUCCCCUGGGACAUUAACUGUCUCCACAUUUUCUGUUUUUAUUUUCCUGUGUUUUCCUGUGUUCUUCAUCCUUUGUAAGUCUAGCUGCCUCUUACUUGCAAAUAUUAUUGUACUUUUCUGUGGAAGCUUAAUGGUACUUUGAGUCUGUAUCAGAGGCAUUGAUGUUUAUUUCAUCCCUGUGAUCAGAUCCUUGUGAACAUACUACCAUUUUACCCCCGUAUCAGCCAAAGUCAUGAUGCUCCUGCCUUAACUGUCCAACUGUAUCCUCACUGUAAGUCUGCUAACAAAAUAAAGACUGAGGUAUUGGGAACAUU